AAAGUAUGAACAGUCAUAGAUGCUUGAUUGGCCAUUGCUAUUGGCUAAUAUUAAUCACGGCGGAAGUUUAGGCCUUACCGUGAACAUUUAUCUUUAGUUUCUGUUCUGUUAUAAUCAAACAUGAAAAAAUCAAAAGCACGGGUAAGAACUGUUACAAAAUUCCCACAGUCAUAUCCUAACGUGAUGCUGCUUGAAGUACGGUUAUGUUGUGUUAGGUACAGGGAACAAAUGACUUUAACACAGUCUCAAAAUGCUCUAUGGUAAAGAAUGGGUAUUUCAGAGAUGAUUACAUACAUCACUUUGUAAUUAAAUGCAGUCGACGGACUCCACUGAUUCAUCUUGGUUACUACAUGAGAGUCUUAACAGUUGAUUUCGCUCUGCGGUCCUUUCUUGAUGCAACAUCAGGACAACCAACUCAAAUCAUUUCCUGUGGUGCUGGAUUUGACACAAGUUUCUUCCGUUUAUCUUUCAUUGGUUCUAUUCACCAAGAUGUCUGUUUUUAUGAAGUGGACUUCACAGAAGUGGUAGAUAGGAAGGUGGAAUGUAUUCUGGGUUCGGAGUCACUUCAAGAAUGUAUCGGACCUUUUGAAGUGAACGAGAAUGGUGUAAGAGGCCUGUUUGGUUCUCAGUAUCGUCUUAUCGCAAGUGACUUGCAAGCUCUUGACGAGUUGGAGUCGAACCUGAUGCAAGCUGGGGCAGCCUUCUCCUUGCCAACUCUUCUGCUAGCCGAAUGUGCCAUCUGUUAUAUGGAUGAGGCCAGUUCAUCAUCUCUUAUACAGUGGGCAGCUUCCAGCUUUGAAGAUGCCACAUUUGUUACAUAUGAACAAAUACAUCCUGAUGAUGGCUUUGGAAUUGUGAUGCAGAAACACUUUGAGAGCAUGAAUAGCCCACUGCUUUCACUUACAAAGUUUCCUGAUCUGGAUUCGCAGGAACAUCGUUACGUAUCACGGGGGUGGAGUUCUUGCAGCGUAUGGACAGCGUUCGAAAUGUUCCGGCAAGUUGCAAGCCCCGACGAAAGAUUAAAAGUUGUAAACUUGGAACCUUUCGAUGAAAUGGAGGAAUGGCAUCUUGAGGGAUGCCAUUUUGCACUUAUGGUAGCAUCCAAGGGGUGUCUUACUGAUUGGUUGCGGAAGUUUGCGGAUGUACCUCCACGUCUGACCGAUUCUGUUGUGUCCGACCCUAUAAAUAAACCUCAAGUUCAGUGGGAACUUCUAGAACCAGAAAGUGGGCGUGCUGUGUGUAGAUUCGCACAUGGGACUGCGAUGUUUGGAGACAAGAAUGGUUUUGAAAUUCUUAUCGUUGGUGGAUUUGGUCCAUCUGAAAAUUCCCUGCAUGGGCGGCGCCAUGAGGUUCUGUAUAUUCAAAACAGGAAUCAAGAUGCAGGUGGUCCAUUGACGUGUAGGAGAAUCGUUGAUGUUGAAGGUGUUCUGCUGGAGAAUGUUAAGUUGGGCGUGUUACACCACACCUGCACACGUCUGUCUUUGCGCGGUCCCGAUGGCUUGACCAGGGUGAUGGUGUACGGCGGACGUCACUCUCCCCGCAGAGCUGUGAAUGCGUGGCCCAUUAUACUCUCUGUGUUUCGAGGGGAAACGGGACCCAGGAUGACGGUAGCAAGUAGCGAUACUGCGGCUACAUGCUGGAAUAAUGCUCCUGUGCCCCGCUGGAGACACAGUUCAGUGUGUCUUAAGUAUCCGACACCUGCCCCUAUUCAAGAUUAUGUUGUCGUGUUCGGAGGGCGAACAUUGGAUUUUAAGGUAUUAGGGGACCUGCUUGUAUGGACAAUACGAGCAUCAGACGCGAGCAUUAGCUGCAGAGAAGUGCCGCAUCAGAGAGACAGGCCAUCUGCGAGGUUUUCGCACAGCGCAGCCGUGUGGGACGAGAAAACUAUGGUUGUGACAGGAGGACUCGGUGAAGAUAUGUUGCCUCAUAGAGACAUCUGGUGUUUCAGUCUGGAAGAAGAGACGUGGCAUGAACUUGAUAUUGCUGGAAUGUUACCUCGGUACUGCCAUACAUCGGCAGUCUGCGGGGACCAUUUGUUUCUCAUUGGAGGAGUUAACACUUUACCUGGGAAUCAGCCUGGAGUUUGUGUCGUGGAUCUGAGUGCACCAUCUUGCAUUGAAUACGCUCUACCUGACCAGAACCCAGCCUGCCCCAUAAUGCUGCAUAAUCAUACAAGUGAGGUAGUCGACGAUGAGACAGCAAUUCUCGUCGUCGGUGGCGGAGGCAACUGCUUCUCAUUCGGCACGGCGUUCAACAGUCGCGUGAUUCGGAUUGAUUUACGACAGUUCAGAUGACAGGCCGUGGUUCACGUGACGAGGUAUGUACAGGCACAUUGCCGUUUAAGAUACGUAGUUUGCGACCGUAGUUAGCGUACUGCCAAUAUUUUGUGAGUUGUUACAUGUGCUGUUGUUGAACUUGGCUCUAGCGUUUCUUUGAAGUGUCCACGUGUCCUUGUGUUUUAUUUUUGAAACUGCUAGGUGCAUUUUAGUGAAAUUUGAUUUGGGGAUGUAUACUAAAUGGUGAGCUAUUUCAUCGUGCUGUUGGCGGAGGUUUUAUGCACUUCAAGCAUCAAUAGAUUUCUACCAGACUACAUGGUGCAGCAUCCCAGAAGUUAAUCGUCUUCCUCUACAUGAAGUUCAGAUGAAACUUUGUCACACACCUUCUGGGUUGGUUAUAGAAGGGAAUGGAGCAGUGGUGGAAUGAUGAUUAGCAGAGGAAAGCUGCAGCAUCUGCCACUUACUAUUCUGCAGUAGAAUAUUUCUACAAGGAAUAAUCUCAGAACUGGUAGUUCAGAGUUUACGAACAGAUGGCAACAGAGUCCAGAAGACUGUCAUGCUUAGGUGUUGAAGUAGAAGUGUAUUUGUUAUGUGGCACAUAGAUGGCAGCACUGACAAAAUAAAAUUGAUCCACAUGUGAA